AUGACCAAAUCAUACAGCGAGAGCGGCGGGCUGAUGGGUGAGCCCCAGCCGCAGGGUCCUCCCAGCUGGACGGACGACUGCCUCAGCUCCCAGGACGAGGAGCACGAGGCGGAGAAGAAAGAGGGCGACCUGGAAGCUAUGCACGCCGAAGCCGAGGUGGACUCGCUGAGGAACGGCGAGGAUGAGGAAGAGGAGGAGGAAGAGGACGACCUUGAAGAGGAGGAGGAGGAGGAAGAAGAGGAGGAGGAGGAGGAAGAAGACGACGACCAGAAGCCCAAGAGGCGCGGUCCCAAGAAGAAGAAGAUGACCAAGGCCCGCUUGGAGAGGUUCAAGCUGCGGCGCAUGAAGGCCAACGCCCGCGAGCGGAACCGCAUGCACGGCCUCAACGCGGCUCUGGACAACUUGCGGAAGGUGGUGCCUUGCUAUUCCAAGACGCAGAAGCUGUCCAAGAUCGAGACGCUGCGCCUGGCCAAGAACUAUAUCUGGGCCCUCUCGGAGAUCCUGCGCUCGGGCAAGAGCCCCGACCUGGUCUCUUUCGUGCAGACGCUCUGCAAAGGCCUGUCCCAGCCUACCACCAACCUAGUGGCCGGCUGCCUGCAGCUCAAUCCUAGGACUUUCCUGCCCGAGCAGAGCCAGGACCUGCCUCCGCACAUGCAACCGCCUAGCGCUUCCUUCCCGGUGCACCCUUACGCCUACCAGUCGCCGGGGCUGCCUAGCCCGCCUUACGGCACCAUGGACAGCUCCCACCUGUUCCACGUGAAAGCGCCGCACUCCUACGCCGCGGCGCUGGAGCCUUUCUUCGAGAGCGCGCUGGCCGAGUGCGCCAGCCCUUCCUUCGACGGGCCCCUCAGCCCGCCGCUCAGCGUCAACGGGAACUUCUCUUUCAAACACGAACCUUCCGGAGAAUUUGAGAAAAAUUAUGCCUUCACCAUGCACUACCCCGCCGCCGCCGGCCUGGCGGGGACCCCGGGCCACGGAUCGCUCUUCUCCUGCUCUGCCUCUCGCUGCGAGAUCCCCAUCGACAACCUCCUGCCCUACGAGAGCCAUGCCCACCACGAGAGGGUCAUGAGUGCCCAGCUCAAUGCCAUCUUUCACGACUGAGCCCUUCCAGAAGUGUCGGGGCAGAGGAGCGAAGAGGCAUCGAGGGGCUGCCUUGCUUAGGAAAGGGGACCCCCACAACACAGAAAGCCACCCACCCUAGGGCUCCAAGUGCAAAAAGACGGGAAGGGGCAAAGGGGGGAACUUCCAAACGCCAGAGUCAUCUAUAUAAAAAUAUGGGGAGGCUACAUUUUUCCUGGUCCCCCUUCUGUAAAUCCCACAUCCCUCUGCUAAGCUUCCCCACCCGGCACGGUCCCGAAUAUAAAUCUGCACUAUCAAUUUAGUGUAGAAGAAAGUCAGCCAGUCUCCCCACUGAUCUGAUCGGGACAAAAAAAAAAAAAAAAUCGCAAGCAAUAAUUAGGAUCUAUGCAAUUCUUAUUAAUUUUUUGUUUUGUUUUUGAAACUAGACGUGGGCCAGUUUAAAAAAAAAAAUCGAAAAAAAGUAUAUAUAAAAUGUCUAUUUUUCAACCAGCAUUUUUCCUACUUGCUACCUUUUCCCAUGCCGAAUUAUUUUGUUGUGGUUUUGUACAGAAUUUUUAAUAACUUUUGAUAAACUAUUUUAAACCAUG